AUGGUCCGUCACUCUUUUGCUCCGCUCGUGGUUCUUGUCACAGCCCUAUACAUCCUACAGGCUCAGUGUACCCCCGUUGUGAUUCAGAAACGUGGUAUCUGCGCCACCGAGGAUCCAGAUCCAUCUUUCCUCAGCGCCCUUGAUCAAGUACAGGUGGACGAGACCCGGCCCAAGUCUCCUGGCUCCGAGGCUCGUCGGGGGCCUAUCGAGAUAGAGACCUGGUUCCAUAUUGUGACCAGCAGGGCGGAGGUAGACCAGGUUACCAAUGACAUGAUCAGUUCCCAGAUCUCCAUUUUGCAAGAUGCGUACCAGGAUGCUUCCAUUCACUAUAGAUUGCAAGGUGUUACUCAGCACGUCAACGAUAUUUGGGCUCGUAACGAGGACGAGGUCGCCAUGAAAACCGCACUCCGGAGAGGAAGCUAUCGAACUCUGAACGUCUAUUUUCAAACCGAUCUUCAAGCCUCUCCAGAAGACACCGGCCGUGCUGAUCACCGAGGGGCCCUUGUCCCCAGCGAUCUCUCGUCCAGUGUCUUGGGCUUCUGUACUUUACCUGAUCCAAAUAUCAAUGCCACCAGUGUCCGUGCCGAUUAUAUCAAGGACGGCUGCAAUGUGCUAGCCAAGACGAUGCCCGGAGGCUCAUUGGAUCUCUAUAACCGGGGAGGAACCGCCAUUCACGAGAUCGGGCACUGGAAUGGCCUCCUGCACACCUUUCAGGGAGAGUCCUGCUCUCCAGAUAAUCCCGGAGACUACAUCACCGACACUCCACAGCAAUCCACGCCCACCGACGGCUGCCCUGCCCGCAAGAAUUCAUGCCCCGAUUCUCCUGGGUUCGAUUUAGUCCACGACUUCAUGGACUACUCAUCCGAUGUGUGCUACGAUAGCUUCACACCUGGCCAGAUGCAACGCAUGCGGAAUAUGUGGGCGUCUAUGCGGGAAGGGAAAUAA